AUGACAACUCCGAAAGUCGGAUUUGAUGAUCCAUUGGAAAAAUUUAGUAGUAGCAACGCUUUCCGUAUACCGAACUCUUCUGUAACAAUGCUGCUCAGCAGUUACUGCAUUUUGGCUUUUAUCGUGAUGAUGUUGGAUGUACAUCGGGUUUGCGGUAUCGCCAUCGUAUGUCCAUGCGGAUGUCGGUGCAAAAGCAGUCGGAUUGACUGCUCACAAACUUUGUGUCGUCUGACGCCACCAUCGCGAUUCUCCGAACGAACCACCCAUCUGGAUUUGAGUGAAAACAACUUGGAGUUUAUUCCAGAAAAUGUAAUUAUCAAAAACAAUAAGCUUCGACUGCUGAGUGAGAACAGAAUUGAAAACCUGACAACCAAUGAGUUUUCAUCACUUUCCGGUGUUGUAAGUGUAAAUCUUAGAAGAAAUGGUAUUGUUCAUCUUCCAGAUACUCAUUAUAUUGUCACGACAAUCCAUCAUAUUAAAACUCUAGAUCUCAGCGAAAAUUUAAUAGAGGUUUUGGAGGCAUAUACAUUCGCUGCAUUUCCUACCUUGACAAAUUUAAAUUUAUCAUACAAUAAUCUAUUUGCAAUCCACAGGGACGCCUUUAUUGAACUGUUAGAAAUGCCUUCAGCACUAUUCAGGUAUUUGAGAGGAAAUCAACUUAUGCAGAUCGAAUCAUUAACAUUUCGGCCGCUCACGGGACUAGUAAAUUUGGAUCUCUCGCACUGUUUAAUUACAACCUUUGGUGAUGGGACUUUUCUGGACGUCAACAAGCUAAAAACUUUAAAUUUAACACAUAACCGGAUCGAGAAGAUCGGAGGAUGGCUAUUUGGGUUAAACUCCCUACUAACAAUUGACCUAAGCUAUAACAACAUUGAAGAGCUGGACGAUGGAGAGGCUUCAAUGUGGACACUAGUAACAACGCUUGAAUGGGUUUCGCUGGCUCAUAAUCGCGUUCCUUAUGUGCCUACUACAUUUAAAAUUUUAAAAAGGCUUAAAUAUUUGUACCUUAAUCACAACCAAAUUCGAAGCGUGGCAGGAGAUGCAUUUUUGGGACUUAACCAACUGUUGCGUUUAGAUUUGUCGGGGAAUCUGCUGAACGAAUUUUUUGAGAAUGGAGAGGCUUUUGACGGGUCCAAGCUUUCGCUGAAAGAGUUGGCAAUCGCUGCUAAUGAUAUCAGCGUAGUUUCCGUGCGGAUGUUUGAACAUAUUGGCAGAAUAGAAACCUUGGAUGUCGACCAGAAUCCAAUAUCAGUCAUUGAAGAAAACGCUUUCGAAGGACACGAUUUAAGAAACUUGUCUAACAAGAAGAGAUCAUUUAAAAAAUCUGUUGGACUUCAGCUCAAUUUGAAGCAGAAAUCAGCAAAAUUACUAAUAAUAAAUACAUCUUCUAUGGUAUGCGACUGCAAUAUCAAAUGGUUUCAUGAAUGGAUUCGGCUAUCAAAUAUAAGUCAAGCAGCAAUACGCAUAAAAUGCAGCUACCCGAAAAAAAACAAUGGGACAGAUCUCUUUGACCUAAAAGACUCUUUUUUGACAUGUGAUUCACCGUACGUGAAUAAUUUCCCGCCACACCCACAGCUUCUGGACCAUUCAGAAACACUGAUAAAAACUACGGUAGGUGAGACUCAGAAGCUGACAUGCAAUGUUACUGGUGCUACGCCCCUAAAUAUCGAAUGGAAUGUGUAUCAUAAUGGACAAAAAUCUUUAGCCUCUCAAAGCGUUGAGAAUUUUUAUGCAGACAUCCACAGUUUAACUCAUUCCCGUACUUUAGAGCUGCAAAACGAUUUUAUUAGGACCUACUUGUAUUCUGAACUUAUACUUAAAAAUGUAAGUGUUGAUGAUGAAGGAGAGUACCGUUGUUCAGCCAGGAAUUCUUAUGGAGCCGUUCACUCCCCCAGAAUAAAAUUCGCUACUGUUGAAGAACCUGUGCUAGUUGUUCUACCAGAAAACGUUACAGCAGACAUUGGCUCAACAGUCACCUUCAGAUGCGCAGCGAGAGGUAGGCCGUUACCGGUUCUCAAGUGGCAAAAGCAGGGAGGAACAAUGUACGCUGCGGAGGAAAAGAGACUCCAUGUAAAACCCGAUGAAGACUCUUUUUACAUAACUGAAGUAAAGAAAACUGACGAAGGAUUGUACAAAUGCGUAGCAGAAAAUUUUCUUGGUCGAGCUGAAGCUUCUGCACUUCUCAUCGUUCGUGGCAAGUCAAUUAACUUUGAUGUGAGAUCUGGCUUUAUACACCGGACUUAUUAUUACAUGCAUCAGUUCGGUGUAUAA